UUAUUUCAGCCCAGCUUGGACCUUCAUCUCCGUCGUUCUGCCUCGUUCUGCCUUGUACUUCUGCAAAGGAUAAUAAGACUUUACCUGGUCUAUUGAGCCGUUUCCGGGCCAACGGUCACUGUUCCCUUUUUAGUCAUUGCAUCGGAAUAAAUUGUUGUUGGGCUAGCUAGGGCGCAGGACCUUUAUAAAGCCGGCCGCGUUUUGGACCCAACUCCUCUAACGUUCACCAAUGCCUGCACUCAUGAAACAUGUACGAUUCUCUAGCAUCAACGCCUUGUAUUCCCCUGUUCCCUCUACGCCAUACGUGUUCACCACGUCCACUUCCACUUCGAGUUCCCGCUCUUCACACUCAGAGGACUCGAAACCUUCGAGACGUCGGAGACACGUCUCUAAACUUACGACCCAUUCACGAUCUAAAUCGCUGGAUAUUCCAGCGCCCAUUACACGUAUCCAUUAUCUAUUGGCCUUUUCGCCGUACCAAUUGCCUCCAAUUCCGUAUCACCUUUCCACGCAUCCAUCUAUAACCAAGUCAUUUAUCUCGGCCGACGUUCUAUCGGAGCCCGCCACAGACCCACCAGUUUCUUCGUUAAUCAUUACGUGUCCUCAUCUUCAGUGGGAAUUCACUGUCACCCCGUCGUCUCGCAAAGCCUCUUGUGUCUCUGUCAUCGACGUGUUGUACGCCCUCUACCGCGGCUUACGCAUUGCCGUCCAUCCCGUAGAGUACAAAGCGCUCCCUUCACCGGAAGCUGUUGCUAAUGUCAACGAAGCUUAUUAUUCGCGAUGUAACAGCAUUCUGGAGGCACAGGCACGUCAAGAGGAGCAGUCUAAAGGCAUUAAGAGGGUCGACUUCUUAAUUGGCAGAACUCGGUUCUUGGGCCUGUCGAAAAAGUCCCGUCGGAGAGACGACGGAUUGGUUUGGGAGCUCAAUGUGUCAUGAGCGGAAACACUAGUGGCUCUACAUACCAACGUCAUUCCAUCUCGCAUCACCUAUCUUGUUCCACCAUAUUCUAGUUCUUUGUGGCUCUCAUUCCCUGGCGUAUGUCCUCCGCUGGUCGAACAUUUCCCUUUCCA